CUAACUAGCAGGUUAAGCUGUCUCUCUACUAUACAUUUGUACGCGGCAUAUGUGUAUGUGUGUGUUUAUUUAAGGGCCCUUUUAUAAGCCAAAUUGUGCGGUAAAUAUUUGUGAAAAAUGCUUAAAAUGCAAUUAAAAAUGUGGCCAUAUUGUUUGUUGCAGUUUAAGGGUCAUUUCACCGUGUAAAGACGUUACAACUUAACUGAAGUAAUCCGAUGUAUCCUACAAAUACUUAAAGUGUUGGCAAAUCAUAUGGGCAUUCCGUAUGUCGGAAAGUAAUUAAAGUCUAGCGAAUGAAGAAUUAUCUGAAAGAUAUUGAACACCAAUUGUAGGGGCGCAGGAUUACAGGACAGGUUUACGAAUGCAAACAUACCAAAGCUGCGGUCAGACAGCCAACUUCACUUUUGAGGACUAAGGCACCGUUUCAAGGAAUAUUACUUUUGGGAACUCUAUUCCUUGCCCAUUCAAAGUUCAUCUAAUGCGCGCAAACAAACUUUUCUAUGAGGAAGCAAUAACGAACAAAGAAAAAGAAAAAUACACUUGGUGCGCAAAUAUGCGACAGCAAACAGAGUCUGGCGCUAUAAUGAGGCAUAUCAGCAAACAAACAAUAUCAACUAGAGCAAUAAAAGCUAGAAUAACAACUAUCACAAAAACAAUGAGCAUCACUUAAGUAAAUAGAAAAUCAACGGGAAAAAUCAAUACUAAAUCAAUACAAAUAGUGUGAAAUUUACUGUCAACAUUUGUGGCAAGUGAAGUGAGAAGACAGGCAACAACUCACGACGACACAAGAGGCAAGAGACAAACAAAACCAAACCAAAGCCAACAAAACAACGACAGCAACAAUAACAAAUACAACAAUAACUUACAACAAUAGCGACAGCAACAGCCGCAGCAACUGACUGUCAUCUGCAACUACAUUGCAUUUUAUUGAGCCGCACAAUGGGGGGCAAGAAUGCCUCCAGCGGCAUUGGUGGAGGCGGUGGCGGCAGCCUCAACUCAAGCAUCUGCAACUCGGUGAUGACGAAUGCGACGAGCAGCAGUCUUACCCAGCAGCAACAACAGCUGCAGGCCAAGUACAUCAAGUCGAAGCGCAACCAGAACCGCUACAGCAAUUUGCAGCACUCGGGCAGCAUCCACGAUUCUAGCAGCUAUCUACAUCUGAACUCGCUCUGGUCCAUUUGGUAUGGGGUGCUGUUGACGCUCUUUCAGGGCUACUUGGCCAUGCAUGGAGCGUACAGGUUUCUAGGCUGUUCGCUGAUACCGUGGAAAAUUGAGCCUGUGGCCGAGCUGAAUUUGCAAAUUGUGCUCUCUGGCGUUGUGUUUAUAUUGCUGCCCGUCUUCUUCACAUCGGCCGUAUUUAAAGUUGGAAACUUGGCAAACGAUGGAAUCAAAUUGGCCACUAGCGCCAAGGAGCGUCGUUGUUCAUUGGCACCGCACGAUGGACUGGAGGAAGAAGCUCGAGGUGGCACGUUGCGCGCAUUGUGGACACAUGGCGGACCGACGGCUGCCUUUGUACACAUUCUGAUUGCAUUGUGUUUGUUGCUGCCACGUCUGCUGCUCGAGGCGCGCAUUAUUGAGAACGGACUGCUGUCAAAAGAACAAAUUUGGGCCACCGAAUUGGAUUUUGUUGUUAUCAAUAGACGGAACUUGAUGGCGCUGUCGGUCGUGGGCAAAGGCGGCAACGACCUAGGAGGCUCUGCGUCGUUUCAGAACAUAACCGCAACGAGCUUGGAGCACGAUGACGAGGACUACUACAACGAUACCAUGUUUACGGCCAUUGGUGGCAGUGGUGGGGCGAGCAUCAAUAAUAAUUUGUUCGAGCUGACACGUGAUAAGGAGGCGCGUAAUGGCAAUGGGGGCGGCAGGAAGGCGGCCAAGACAACAGCCAAAACAAAAGCAGCUGGCAAGACAAAGUACUUUGAAGUGCCCGAUUUAAUUAAUCGAGAUAUUGAGGCACUGGAGGAGCAGCAGGAAACGGAGCUGGCAUUGGGCAACGAGGAUGCAGAUAAUGAUGGUGCUGGUGAUGGUGGCAGCUCUAUCAUCAUGCCCGAAUUCGAUGUCAGCAAUGAGUUCGUGGCCAGAACCACAGCGCCCACCACAACAACACCAGCAGCAACAGCAACACCAGCUACAGGAAUGGGCCAAAGCAAAUUGUAUGUGGGCAAUUGGCAGAAGUUGGGCACUUUGGACAAGGCAAAUAGUUUGAAUGGCAUUGAGGAAGCAAACGGCAGGAGCGCCGCAACAGGGCCAGCAGGAACCACAACAAGCAAAGCCGCAACAACUGUAGCAUCAACGACAACGACAACAACAACGACGCGCAAGACAGCACACAAAUCAACAACAAUAACAAAAACAGCAGGAACAUCGAGCACAACAACCGCUGCCACAACUACAACUGCGGCAACAGCAACAGCAGCAACAACAGUAGCAGCGGGCCAGAUGUACACCAACAAGCAAAAUCAUCAUCAACAACAGCAACAUCAUCACCACCAGCAACAUCAUCAGCAGCAGCAGCAGCAAAAUCAUCAUCACAAAGUAAAUCGGAAGCAUCACAAGCAGCGUCAGCGACAACACCAACAGCACACGCGACGCCAGCAUGUUACCUCAAAUGAGCAGCAAUCAUUUGAAUCUUCGCUAGAGCAACAGCAGCAGCAACAAACUGUGGCACAACAACCACCUUCCCAAAUAGUCGAGGAAGUCACCAGUGGAAACGAUGAGACCACCACCCGGGAUAGCAACAUACAUCGUGUGCGGCCCGAAGUGCUGCCCGAGAUUAUAAUACCCUCGACGCCCGUUUCCAGCAACUCCAAGAUCAUAGCCAUUAAGGCCAAAACGCAGAAGCGUCGCAUCGUUAAGCGCAUGACAGCGGCGGGUGUCGAAAUAGAACCAGAAUAUCUGGUUGGAGAUCUGGGACAAGGCAGUGGCGAUGUUAGCUCCAAUGAAUUCAUACCCAGCUCCAGUGAACACCAGCAGCAGCAGGUGGAGCAGCUGGAAACCGAGGAGGAACUGGACGACGCCGACUUUCAGGCAUUGCCUGCAGUCACGCCCCCAGCUACCGCCCCAGCGCCCGCCUAUGUGCGUCUCGAUGGCUUUGCAGGCAUGUUGCAGCUCUUUUUUGGCAUCGAUAAGCCCAUCGAUGUGGGCGUCUUUGCGCAACCGCCCAGUGCAGAGUUCGUCAAUCUCUUGUGCGCCCUGCUGGUCUGGACUGUACGCUAUCCUGCGGUUUUCUGGAACACCACCAAGUCCUUUGCCAGCGUCUUUAGUCUGCAAAUGAUUGUGGCUGCUUUGGAUAUUGUCUUUGGAUAUGUAGGCGUUUCAAACUUGUACAAACUGCAAAUAUAUGCGGAGGCCAUGCCCGUGCACCAGCCAGGCUUGGUUUUAAAUGCAACGGUCACACUGGCUCUAUAUUUGCUCGCCACAGCCCUCAUUGUGGCCUCGUCCAUGGUCAUGUAUUUGUACGGUCACGGCAGAUUGGCAACGCGUAUGCGCGAUCGCUCGCUCAUCACGCUCAAGACAAGCGAGACUUGGAUCUAUUUUGCACACUGCGCCUCGCUCUGCUUCGUGCUCGCCCUGGCCGUGGUGAAGGCCCCGUUGUUGAAUGAUCUCAGUGCCACCUAUAAGAACAACUUGCAUUGUCCCACAUUCCUGGCGGCACUCAUCGGCGUCGUUCACCUGCUGCUGUGGAUUGUGAUGUGGCUUUGUCUGACCAUCAAGCGACGCUGGCACUUCAAAUUGCCGCCGCUGGACACAUAUGGGGCACUCAUUAACAAGGCCAGUGCCCAGCCGCUGCUGAUGGCGAGCGGCCAGCGAGCGGGCAGCAAUUCGAGCAGCGGUGGCAACUCAACCAGCACCACAGUGAAUGGAAACGGCGGCGUGGGAGAUGGCAAGCCAGAUAUGAUGAGCACGGCGACCAGCACGGAGCUGGGCAUGAGCAUGGGCAUGACCGCCCAGGAGGACAUCUAUUGGCCGAAGCUGACACCAAGUUCGCCCAAGUUGAAGGUCACCUUCAACGAAGUUACGAGUACGUCUGAUGAUGUCCUACUAAUUGGUGACCAAGAACAAACUGAUGGCAAGCGCCAUACGAGCCGUGGAACCGCGGUAUGUUUUGCCAGUGCUUCGGGGGAAGUUGACGACGGCGAGUACGCGACAUUAAGAGCGGCAACUGCGGCCACUGUGGUGGGCAUUACGAAGGGCGGCAUUGGCAACCAUUCCAGCGGCAAGUUGCGCGGCAGCAGCAGCAAAAUGUUGCACCUUAGCGAAUAUGACGAGCUGCACAUUCCUCAGCAGCAGCAGCACCAGCAGCAGCAACCACAACAAGCUCAGCAUCCGCAUCCGCAUCAUAACAGCGACUAUGCCAACCUCAGUGGCUUGGGUGGCAUUAGUGACGACAACAUCUCCGAGGAGGGCAAGUUGCUGGCCUGCGUGCGUGAUGACAGCAUUACUUAUGCCUCCACGCGAGAUCUGGAGCCGCCACAGCCACAGCCGCAGCUGCAGCCACAGUCCAUACCAGCACCACCCCCGCUGCCAGCUAAGGGCGCACCACAGCCAGCACCACCGGCCAUUCAGCCACAUCAUGCCACCUACGGACGCGCCCCACAAGCCAUGCCCGAAAUUAUGCAAUUGUCCUCCACAUCGCCCGAACAUCAUCACCGACAACAGCCGCCACCGCCCCAUCAGCAUCAGCCACAUCAUCAACAGCAAUCUCAGUCGCAGUCGCAGUCGCAGUCCCAAUCACAGUCACAGGCGCAACCACAUCAUGCGCCCCUUCAACAGCAUCUAGUCAGCCCUCUGGCCCCGGUCACGGUCACGGUGCACACCAACGAGGCGCAUAUUGCCUCCAGUUCCACACCCCGUUGCCUACGUCGCGCCGAUUCGGGCGUACCGAACGAGGCGCUCACACCACGCAGCGACACCACCUCGACCACCGAGAGCACCACCUCACCACCGGAACGUGCACCCUCCGAAUCAUCCAGUGGCGUUCAUUCGGGCGAAGAGCGCGAAAUCGAAGUUGUCAUACGACCUCGCACCAUAUGCAAACAACCACCCAAACCACCACAGCCACCCAUACAAGAAGAGCCAUAUGGUCGCUGCACCAACAUGCGCAUGUCCAGCUUUAAUGCCGAUCCAGCGGCUGUAGCUGCCGCAGCCGCUGCUGCGGCCCAGCUGCGCAUCAAUAGCGCCACCUUACCAUUACAGCGCCCGGAGCAGAAGUUCGACUAUACGGCGCACUGCAGCACAAUGCCAUUGCCGGCGGGUUGUCACAGCCAGCAACUUGUCGGCGGUGGAGCUGCCAAUGGCGUUGGAGGCUACGCCUCUACCUCAGCCAUGCAGCAGUCGAUGACCGCUUCGUUAGGUGGUGCUGUGCCGCCACCACCGCCCUCGCAGGCCAGCUUGUCCAGCUUUAAGACGCCGCCCAACAUACACUAUGCCAACACUGUGGUGGCUCUGGGCGGUGGUGCUCAAGCGACACCUCACACCACUCUUCCCAAUGGCGUACGUUACUCGAAUCCACACUUUUUGCGCCGCCUCCCUCCCCACGUGAGCAAGGCGGCGGAGUCCCCAUACGGACAUCUGGGCUAUGGCGCUGGACAUCAUGCAUUUGCAAAGCUCCCACAUGAACCACUCCAGACGCACAGUCUGGUCCACACGGCUAUUCCCGAGGAUCGCGACUCGGCCAACUAUUCAAUGGCGUCCGACCAGGACUGUGGACUCUAUGUGACGGCGCAGUUGCAUUAGAAUGGUAAUGGUAUGACAAUAGCCCUUAAACAGAAGCAGUAUUUUAAGCUCAAGUGCGAACUUUAGUCAUAACUCUCACUAAUAUAUAAACUAACAGAUAAUUAGAGACAGUAUAUGUGUACUCGUAAUCCCCUACCCUAAGUGUAUAGAAAAUGUGGCAUCGUUUUAGUUGGUUUUCUUUUUAGAUUACUUUCGUUUCUAUACCGUUUUAUACAAAGAAGAAAGGGGUAUACUAGUUUGGUUGGAAUGUAUGUAACAUGUAGAAGGAGGCGUGGCAGACCCCUAUAGCAUAUAUAUUCUUGAUCAGCAUAACAAAACGAGUCGUUAUAGCCAUGUCCGUCCAUCUGAGCGAAAGGAUCUCUGGAAGUACAAGAGCUAGAAUAGCCAAUCUUGGUAUCCGCAGCUUCCGUAAUCCUCAGAAUUUCUCAUCAGAUAGGUAAGUUUUUAAGAAAGUUGUAGCCUAGCUCUGCCAGCAGCUGUUGUUGUUGCUGCCUCAUCUCUGUACUGCCCACAUACACACUGUAUAUAAAGCCGUGGGAAAAACCAAUAAAACAAAUAAAUCCGUGUCGGCUGGGGAUAAGGAGAGUCUAUCAAUUUUGGUUAAUGACGGACAGACGAGCAUGCUGAUUAAGAAUAUUUAUACCGUAUGGGGUCGUAGGAGAAGCUUCCUUCUCUCUGUUACUUACUUUGUAAAAGCCUUAUAUACCCCUUUGAUCUUUCGAGUAUAAAAAUGUAGCCCUUAUUUUGUUAUUAUUAUUUAUAUAAUUAUUCUACACAUAGGUACAUAACAAGUCGGGUCGCCCGACUUUAGCUUUUCCACUUGUUUUGUUUUUUUAUAUAGCAGUCGGCGCAACACAUUAAUUGUUGUUAGCAUACUAAAUCGUAAAUCUUCCAAGUGCAUUUUAAAACAAUUGAACGCAUACACGGGCCCUUAAAAAUACUGAAAUAAUUUGCAGCGAAAAUCAAAAGGUAAACUAAUAUGAAAUCAUUUUAUUUCAUUAUUUUAGUAGACAGACAUUUCUUUUUUUUAAUUGAAAAUCAUCAACAAUGCUAAAUAUUAACUAAGUACCAGCUAGGAAUGGCAUUGCGAUCGUAUAGAUGCUUGGAAUAUGGGCUUCUGAUUUAUUUUUGAAAAUAACGUGAAAUAUUGAUUCUUUGAAAUAAAUGUAUGCUCCCCUCUUUGGUUGGAACAGCCCGUGUAUGCACCUUAUCUCUCAAUAGUUGAAGUACAUACCCAAACAGAUAUGUAAUAAUGUUGUGAUCGUAAAACAUAAGCUGAUUAUUAUUUGUUUGUUUCGCAAAGUAGAACCACACAUCCUCUAACCUAAGUAGGUGACGUCCAGUCAACAGAAAGAAAACCAAAACGUCGGGCCACAAAAUUGUAUGAAAUAUAGGGAUGGCUGCCAAUCCCAUAUACAUAUGUAGAACUCUACUACAUAUUUACUAUGAAAACAUAUGAAUUCGUAUACAAUGUGUAAAUGAAUAAGGAUAUUAAUUAAUUGAUGUAAAAACUGAACAAACGCACAGACGCCGCUUCAAAUAAAUUAAAGUAAAUAAUAAUUAUAAAUAAAAUAUCAUAUCACUAAGAAAGCUAUACUCGAGAGCUAGUAAAUGGAACGAUUUACAACAUUUGGCAUAAAUAUCUAAACUAAG